CCUCUCUGGCUGGGUGUCUCGAUGGACUGAGAUCUCUGUUAACAUACGCGUAUCCCAGCCGGCGAGCACCGGGAUUUGUGACCCCAAAUUGGCCAGUAGUUUUGGCUGCGGCGCCCCCCUGGGAUGGUGAUGCCUGCGGCGGAGGCCUGGUCGGGGCUGGAAGGGCCGGGGAGGCCCCAGCGACAAGGCCGAUGAAAGAAGUGGCAUACCUGUGUGCGCAUUUUUAUUUAAGAUAGUAACUGUCCCUAUUGAAGCCCCCAGCAGGGCGGCAGCCAGAACUGAGGCGCCAGCAGGCAUGUAAAGUUGGUCAUGCAUCUGUGCUGCUUGAUACAUUUCGAGCCCAGUAACAGAAGAGCCUUCCUGAGAUUGCCGUCACCAUACUUGCCUGUCACCUUCGCAAGGUUGGCCAGUGUGGCUGAUGCUCCGGAAACCUCAGGGACUCACAGAAACCUGCACCCUGGUGAUGGCACACAGGGACUGUUUUCUUGUUCUUAGUCUAAGUGGUUGCCAAGAAGGAAGGCAAAGGUAGAACAGUCGGAUCUAGGGCUCUCCCCAGAGCUUCUAAUCUCAGACCUUAUUAAACUCCUUUCUGAGCCCAAGGACAGAGUUCACUUGAACAAAUGAUUUUGAGUCAUGAAUGAAAACUCUUGCUCUUUCCAUAAUGAGAAAGAAUUAAGAGAGGGACAGGUUGAAGGUGUGUCUGCUGGGUACCCUCCACCAUGUGACAAGGACAACAGUGCUCUUCUGGCUUUCAGGGGAAUUCCUAUCUCAGAGUUGAAGAACCACGGCAUCCUCCGGGCCCUGACGGCAGAAGCGAAUAAUGGGUGGGAGCCGGCUGGGGGCACGGGUUUGAUCCCUGGUUGGGGAGCUAAGAUCCUGCAUGCUGUGAGGUACGGCCGGAAACAAAACAAACAAACAAACAACAACAACAACAAAAACAUUCAUUGUGCACCUGUCACGUGUCAGGCGCUCAGAACCCUACCUUCCUGUGGCGCCCAGUGCAGUGGGCAAGACAGUUUGCAACAUGGUGUUAUGAAUACAGAGGUGCUCCGAGCCCAAGAAGAAUGGGAAGCUGUGGACAGUAUCCAGCCAGAGACAGGGAGCCGGGCCAGCUCAGACCAGCCUGGGCAGCUAAUCUCUUUCAUUGAGGCCCUGCAGCAUUUCCAGACCGUGGACCUCUCUUCCUUCAAGAAAAGAAUCCAGCCCACGAUCCGCAGGACCGGGCUUGCUGCCCUCCGGCACUGCCUCUUCGGGCCUCCCAAGCUCCACCAGGGCCUCCGUGAAGAAAGGGACUUGGUCCUGACCAUCGCUCAGUGUGGCCUGGAUAGCCAAGACCCAAUGCAUGGCCGAGUCCUCCAGACCAUCUAUAAGAAGCUGACCGGCUCCAAGUUUGACUGUGCCCUCCACGGAGACCACUGGGAAGAUCUGGGCUUUCAGGGAACAAAUCCAGCCACAGACUUGAGAGGAGCAGGCUUCCUUGCCCUCCUGCAUCUCCUGUACCUGGUGAUGGACUCAAAGACCUUGCUGAUGGCCCAGGAGAUCUUCCGCCUGUCUCGUCACCAUAUCCAGCAAUUCCCCUUCUGUUUGAUGUCCGUGAACAUCACCCGCAUCACCAUCCAGGCCUUAAGGGAGGGAUGUCUCUCCAGGGAGUGUAACCGGCAGCAGAAGGUGGUCCCGGUGGUGAACAGCUUCUACGCCGCCACUUUCCUCCGCCUCGCGCACGUCUGGAGGACGCAGCACAAGACCAUCUCUGACUCGGGUUUUGUCCUCAGAGACUUGGAGGUGUUGGCCAAGAAGAGCCCCAGACGGCUGCUCAAGACCCUGGAGAUCUACUUGGCUGGAGUGUCAAAGGGACAGGCCUCCCUGUUGGGGGCGCGGAAGUGUGCUGGGCCACAAGCCCCUCCCUCCAAGGAUCUCACUUUCACAGGAGUGUGUGACCUGCCACCACACUCCUCUGAAGGCACAUGGCUGAUCUGACCAACCCCAGUGAGCGGCCACCGGAUCAAAAGCCUCGAAGGGGCUUUCGGAGGGUGUACCCCGGCACCGUUCUGCCCCUUGCGGUCCUAGCAGAAGGGAUGUAGGAAGCCUGUUUGGGGAGCCAAGGACCCUCACCUGCAUGAGACAUUAGGGGCUGUUAAAUUUGACCCACUACCCGCAGACCUGCCUCCGGAGCAAGGAAAACUUUGCCAUAAUCUUAGUUGGGCUACAGCUUCCAGAGUUGGGUUCCAGGUCAUUUCAGCGACAGAUCAUGAGGUGGGAGACCCCGUCUGGGUGUUCCACACAGCCCUACAUCAAAGGUAUUCCCGAGGAGAGGUGCCGGAGUUCUGACUCCUGGCAGCGGGGCUUUCAGGCCUCGGGUCCACGGGACAGGGACCAGACAUGGGCUGAGCAGUUAGAAUGUGAAGGGAGAUGGUAUCGGUGGCAGCAGCUGACAGGGGGCAGCAUGAACCAGAGAGUGCACACGGCCUGCCUUCCUCUCCAUCCCCUGAGGUCUCUGGCCUUGCACUUAUCCCACCCUCACCUCUCCCCAUCCCUCCUCCCCACUGCUUGUGACACAGAGCCAGGCACUGGGCUAGGUGUCUGCUGCCGCCCAUCCUAACCGCCCACCAGCUGGGCUACCCCCGUGGAGGCUGUGCAGGUCCCAUCAGGGAUGGUUCUCUGGCCUGGGCGAAGGAAGGAGGAAAUUCACGUACCAGCAGUUUUUAAAUAAAAGAAUUCUUCUGGGUUAA